CGGCGCGCGUGAGAGGCGCUUCAUUCUAGAGCGCCGCGGCCAUGGAGCUACUGGUGCGAUACCUGGACAGGAGGGACUCGGCCAGCUCUGCACUGACACAAGAUGUUGUGAAAGAGGAGAGCCUCAGAGAUGACCUACGGUAUUACUUCAUGAGUCCAUGUGAGAAGUACAGGGCCCGGCGUCACAUACCCUGGAAAAUGGGGGUGCAGAUCCUCAAAAUCAUCAUGAUCACAACCCAACUCAUCCUCUUCGGCCUCAACAACCAGCUGGUUGUGUCCUAUAAGGAGGAGAACACCGUGGCCUUCAAAAACCUCUUCCUGAAAGACUACAGCGGGGUGGACGAGGAUGACUACAGCGUGGCGGUCUACACCCAGCAGGGCGUCUACGACAGUCUCUUUUAUGUCCUGGAUCAGUACAGCCAACUAGGCCGGCUCUCCGUUGGUCCCAUUGGCUAUGCUGAGGACGCUGAUGGCAGCCUGCUGCCCCUGAUGGUCUGCAAGCAGUACUACAAGAGAGGCAGCGUGGAACCCUCGGAUGAAGCCUAUGACAUCGACGCCGAGCUGGAGACAGUUUGUAUAUCCCAUGAUCCAAAGACUACAGACCGAUUGAAGGUCGAGAAUUCAACGUUUUUUAAUCUGGACUUUUACAGGCUUGUGGACAUCACAACAACCUUCCAGCUUAAAGGAAUCAACCUACAGACAGUGCGUUCACGCGAGUUACCAGACUGCUACUCGUUCUUUGUGACGAUAACCUUCGACAAUCAAUGCCACAGCGGAAAGGUAAAAAUAUUCCUGGACAUAGACGCCACGAGUAGCGCGUGCCGGGACUGGAAGAUAUCCGGGACCGCCCAGAAGAACACACACUACUUCCUGGUGUUUGACGGCUUCGUCAUCCUGGUGUGUCUCAUCUCGGCGGUGCUCUGCGCGCGCUCCAUCAUACUCGCCAUCAGGCUGCUGCAGAGGUUCUCCAAAUUCCUCCACGAGAACUACAACCGCAAAGUGUGUGAGGACGACCAGGGGGAGUUUCUGAACGGCUGGUACGUGCUGGUCAUUGUCAGCGACCUGUUGGCCAUCGUGGGAUCCAUCUUGAAAAUGGAAAUACAAGCAAAGAGUCUAACCAGCUAUGACGUGUGCAGUAUUUUCCUGGGGACCUCCACGCUGAUGGUUUGGGUCGGGGUGAUCAGGUAUCUGGGCUACUUCCAGAAGUAUAACGUGCUCAUCCUCACCAUGAAAGCAGCUUUGCCAAAGGUGCUACGUUUCUGCUGCUGUGCAGGCAUGAUCUACCUGGGCUACACCUUCUGCGGCUGGAUCGUCCUGGGCCCAUACCACGAGAAGUUUGAAGGCCUGAGUCGUGUGGCUGAAUGUCUUUUCUCUCUGGUGAAUGGGGAUGACAUGUUCACCACCUUCGCCCAGCUGAAGGACAAGAACACGCUGGUUUGGCUCUUCAGCCGAGUGUACCUCUACUCCUUCAUAUCCCUCUUCAUCUACAUGGUGCUGUCACUCUUCAUCGCCCUCAUCACCGAUGCCUACGAGACCAUUAAGAAAUAUCAGAUGAAUGGAUUCCCAAUGACGGAUCUGCAGAAGUUCCUGAGAGAGCAGAAAGAUUUUGCUCCCAUCGAGGAUGGUGGCUAUGCCGACACUGAAGUGGGCUGCUCUAUUUUCCCCUGCUGUAACGGAGUUCCGGAGAAUGAUGACAUCAUACAUAUCAGCUGACAGCCAUCCCGAGAGACACAUCCAGACCGGGAAGACUCUGGGAAUGUGGACUCUCAGGUUUAAAGGGAUUGAAUUCAAAAGGAGAGAGAACCUUUUUCCCCCCGACCGAAAAUCCUGCAAAAGUGCAGCUUUCUGGAUUCA